AUGAACGAUUUUAACUUGGUUGAUCAUGAGUGGCUUCAGUCAGUUUAUCAAAUCAGGGAUACUUGGAUACCGACUUAUUAUUGCGAGGAGUUCAUGUUCGGGUUUAUGCGUACCUCAUCUCGUUCAGAGAGUGAGAACCAUUUCUUUGGACAAUUUUGUAACCCUGAGUGCACUCUUGUCGAAUUUCUCGGGCAUUUUGAUUCUGCAAUUGAAGCUCAGAGACAUGAGCACAGGAAGAAUGACCAUGACACCAGAAACACAAACGCUGACAUGUGGGCUGUAGACUUUGUUUUGGAGGAUCAAGUGGCCAAUAUAUACACGCGCACUAUAUUUUUUGACCAGCAGCUGGAGAUAAAAAAUAGUUUACGCAAAUGCGCUAUCGAAAAGUGGGAAAAUAUGGAUGACUUCGUUAACUUUUUUGUGAAGGACUGGGAACAACCAUGCACUACUUUCUUCGAGGUUAUGAUGUGGGAGGACGACAUGACUGUGUACUGUACAUGCAAAAGAUUUGAACAGUUUGGGUUGUUGUGCUCACACAUCUUUUGUGUGCUUUGGAUGCUUGAUAUUAGUGAGUUUCCACAACGCUAUAUCUUACGACGUUGGACUCGGGAGGCUGUUCCCAAUAGUGCCCUUGGUGCUAUUCUAGGUAUCAACGAGAGUGAGGAUCGUUAUAAUGAAGUUAACCGCGUUGUACGAGAGAUCACAUAUUCUACGGAGUCGGUUAUUAACAAGCUAGUCGCCAACUUUGAUGCGUUGUGCUCAUUCAGUGAUCAUGUUUUUAAUUAUUUCAAAACAGUUGAUGAGGCGGUGGUCAAUGCCCCACGUAAGAGCCGUCGUGAAAGGUUUGCUAAAAUCACUGGUAACACAAAACCAUCAGAUGUAACCGUUUAUGUUCCCGUUGGAACUAGAUACAAAGGUAUGGGUAAGCCUAAACGGAUGAAGUCCAAACGUGAAAUUGCUAUAAGUCAGUUGGGCAAAAAGAGCCGUCAGUGUCAAAACUAUUUUAGAUACGGGCAUAAUAGACGUACUUGCAAAAACCCUACCCGGACUAAAGAACAAGCUAGUGCCGAGGAUGACGUUGAAGAAGCUGAUGAAGGUGAUGAGGAGGAAGAUUUAUGGGAAGAAGUUGAAGAAGCUCUGGAUGAACAAGAUGAGGACGAAUCAGACGAGGAGGAUGGAGAAGAGGACUAG